AAACCGCUGCCUCAUGGAAUGCCUUAACACAACUAACAUUCGGUAAGCUUGAAUUAUCAGCGAAAAAUGCCUUUUUGUCUUGGCCGCAAUAUAGGUGCGUUCAUGCUAUGAUAGUUGCUGGAAUAUAACGAUUGCGCCAAUCUGGUGCACAUAGGUUUUUUUCCAGGCUCUAAAAGCACAUAGUCCUCAUGAAGUCUGUACAAAGUCGAGGAUCGUGCUGGAGGACGCGCGAAUACACACACGUCAACAGCACUAACCGUCAUCGUCAUCGCUACAUCAUCGAUUUAUCACAACCAAUGAUGUCUUAUGAUCAAGGAAACCGAGGUCCACGUCGAGACUUCAACGACGACUCAAACUAUGACGCCCCUACCGAUGAUCAGCGCACUGUCCCUGGGGGAGACUCUGACUCUGCCCUUUCAGGGUCGUACGGAGGCAGUGGGACUGGCCAAGCUGGUGGAUAUGAAAGCCGCACCGGUCGACAGGGUCAGCAGGGCUUAGAUCAAGGCGACGAAUACUGCGACACAGACCCUGGAAUGGCUGGUAAUCGAAGCGGCCAGGGCAUUCAGGAUGUGAAUGUCCCUAGAGCUGGCCAACCUGGUGGCGGAUACGACAGUGCUUAUGGCCAGAGCAUCGGCGGUGAUGGCCGUAGCCGUGGGUAUGAACGCGACACUGAUGAUGGUCAAGCUGCUGGUGCUGGUACUGGUCGCGGUCCAACGAGCAAGCUGUCUUCCAUGGGCUCCAAAUUUACGGGCGAAGUGGAAAAGAUGGCUGGCAAACUUUCGAAUGACCCCUCACUCCAGGCCAAGGGCGAGCAGCGCAAGGUAUGUCCUGAUGUAUACUUGCACAGAAUGUAUUGCUUCAUAUUUUUGUAGACCGGCUUUUGAGUUACUCCAGAUGGCAUUGUACCUGUAUUGUAUCAUAAGCGUGCUUGAUGAGUUCGAGGAAAGUUAAUGUAUCACACCGUAACAAAAUGUCACAUGUCUUUUUCUGUGUUUUCUCCAGCGCAUUCCUGGAUUGCGCUUAUCGAUUAUUGUUGAUAGUUUUUGUAGCCUCUGAGGUGACAGGAGUGUACUCCCUGUUCCCUGCUUGGAGUUGGUCUUUUGCCAUAUAUUGUGAGUAGCCACCAUCUUCUAAGUAGUAUGCCGCCAUCACAGGCGCGGCAGGAACCGCACCUGGCCCCUAAGGUUUACUUACUGGGAAACCCAGGUGGAGUCGCGGUAAACGGGAAGGCGGGUCGGCAUGAUCGAGAAUUUUGGCAACACAGACCUGGCACCUGAGGCCUGAGGAACAUUGCCUUCUAGUUGUUCCCUAUAACUCUCAAG